GCAACGAACAAAUGGGGUACGGAUCUGUGGAGUUGGUACAUCAGAGCUACUAAAAAGGAUCUCCAGCGCUCCUCAGAUAGAACAGCAAUUGAUCUCAGAAACAGUGCAACGAGGUGUUGGUGCUUUGUGCCAGUCUCUCACCGAUCGGAUGCCAAAGGUCCAAUGGAAUGCUGUAGCAAGUAUGCGACAAAUCUUAAAUGUGAUCAUUGAUAGUCCAUCAAUUUUGUCAUCAAACGUACUUGAAAAGAUCACGAGUGAUUUAUGUGCUUGUCUUAAAAGAAGUGAAUCAUAUAAAGUUAGGAUCCAGAUCAGUUUAAGUCUUCAACUAACUCCAGAUUUAGAUGUAUCGAUGUUUGAUGUUGUGAGGGAAAGUCUUGAAAAACUUGAUGUGGAUUUGAAGUCGGGAAAUAUAGUUAAGAAAGAGUUGGAUCAUGCUCAGCAACUUCAUUCAGAGUUAACAAAAGUUUUGGAUCGUGAUACUAAAGUUACGGUGUCUGAGUGUUGAAAUCGAGUGGUAUGGUUUCAGAAGAUCAUCCUCUUUGGGUAGGCAAACACUUUCUUGCAAUGAGACAAAAUGUCCUUGACUUUAUAGAUUUUCGGAACACAAAAUUUGUUACAAUCAAUUUGAAUACAAAAUACAAUUUCAUUCAACUUUGUAUCAUCAUGGAGUCAAGAUAAAAGGAUGAUAAAC